UCCACAAGAGGGAAGGAGAAAAGGGGGGAGGAAGAAAGGAGGAAGGAAAGAAGGGGCAACAGAAGGAGCAAAAAAAUAAAAAGCCUGAAGGGAGUGGAGGAGGCUAAUGGCGCACAUACCACGCACCUUUCCUCCCUUGUGGAUUUUUGAUCCGACCUUUUUGUUUCCAAAACGUGAAGGGAGGGUUUGAAACCAAACUCCCGCCACCACGCGAGGAAAAGGGAUCUGACAAAGGAAACGCGAUCCUGAGGCCGGGACCGGUUUCGCAAACACGCACUCCCCCCACUUCUUUUCCCUUCCCCCGCUUUCCGCGUCCUCUAUGAAUAAUAAUUAUUCUCCUUCAAGGCAGGAGGCUUGUCUCUUGGAAGGAGGAAGAGGAAGCGCGUGGGGUCCAAGAGGAGGAAGAAGAGAAGGCCUCGUCAGUGCCAAAGCGGGAAUGGCGUGGGGCGGCGGAAGAGCGGUAGUAGCGUAAGGUCACGCUGCUCGUCUGUCCAUUCAUUCAUUCAUUCAUCCACCCACCCGGCGGCUUUGGUGGGUUUUCGGGCUGCAUGGCCAUGUUUUGAAGCAUGAUCCCGGCCAGGAAAGCCUUCGACAAUACAAAGAAGCUGCUGCCGGCUACCUUGUUCGCUCCCUGCUUCAGCCAUGCGGGGCUGGAAAGAGCCCUAGCCUGAGGUCACGCUGCUCGCCUUAUCCAUUCAUUCAUUCAUUGCCUUUGGAAGGAAAGAAGCUGCUGCCGGCUCCCUUCUUUGCUCCUUUUCUCGGCCAUGCGGGGCCGGAAGGGGAUUGGAGUCCCGCCCGAGCCCUCCUCCCACCCGAGCCUCGUGCAGGGAGCCCCGAAGAGCGAGGAGUGAAGGCAACGACCCCCCCCCCCCGCCCGCCGGGACGAAGACAAGAAGGCGACAGACCUGAUGGACUGUUCCUCCCGGAAGGAGGAGGAAGGGCUUGAAAGAGGGAGGCCUCCAAGGCGGCCACUGCGAGAGCGCCCCAAGAAGCUGAAGGAGGGAGAGAGGAGGGGGUGGGGGUCUUUCUUGAUGCCACUCCGGGGGGUCUGCAAAGCGGGGUUUCCUUGCUAGUCUCAAGGAACAGCUCGAAAGAGAUACAGAAGGCGGCAACUGCGGGAGCGCCACAAGGAGGAGGAAGAGAGGAGGAGAAGGGGGAGGGGGUCUUGUGAGGGGUCUGCAAGCAAGGAACAGCCUGAGAGAGAGAUACAGAAGGCGGCAACUGCAAGAGCCCCCCAAGGAGGAAGAGAGGAGGAGGGGGUGGGAGUCUUCUGAGGGGUCUGCAAGCAAGGAACAGCUUGAGAGAGAGAUCCAAUUGCAAGAGCGCCCCAAGAAGCUGAAGGAGGAAGAGAGGAGGAGGGGUGGGGGUCUUCUGGAUGCUACUCCGGGGGGUCUGCAAAGCGGGGUUACCUUAUUAGCGUGAAAGAGACACAGAAGGAGGCAACUGCGAGAGCGCCCCAAGAAGCUGAAGGAGAGAGGAAGGGAGGGGGUGGGCCCCUUUGAUGGCACACCGAGGGGUCUGCAAAGCGGGGCUUCCUCACUAGUCUCAAGGAACAGCCUGAAAGAAAGACACAGAAAGAGGCAACCGUGAGAGCGCCCCAAAAAGUUGAAGGAAGAAGAGAGAAAAGCGGCAAUUGCAACAGCGCCCCAAGAAGCUGAAGGAGGAAGAGAGGAGGGGGGGGUCCCUUUGAUGGCACACCGAGGGGUCUGCAAAGCGGGGCUUCCUCGCUAGCCUCAAGGAACAGCUUGAGAAAGAGAUCCAGAAAGCGGCAAGUGCGAGAGCGCCCCAAGAAGCUGAAGGAGGAAGAGAGUGAGGGUCUUCUGGAUGGUAGUCCGAGGGGUCUGCAAAGCGGGGUUUCCUCGCUUGCCUCAAGGAACAGCCUGAAAGAGAUACAGAAGGCAGCAAUAGCGGGAGUGCCCCAAGAAGCUGAAGGAGAGGAGGGGGAGGGGGUGGGCUCCUUUGAUGGCACACCCAGGGAUCUGCAAAACGGGGCUUCCUCGCUCGCCUCAAGGAACAGCUUGAGAGCGAUAGAAAGCGGCAAUUGCGAGAGCGCCCCAAGAAGCUGAAGGAGGAAGAGGUGGGGAUCUUAAUGCCACUCCGAGAGGGGUCUAACUAGCCUCCCCUCCCCUUUCCCCCUCCCCCAUGGCUUCCUUCCCGGAGCCGCACUUCCAGAUCUGCCCGCUGUGCAAGGAGAUGUGCGGCUCGCCGGCGCCGGCCUCCUGCAACAACUCCUCGUCAUCCUCCUCCUCCUCGUCGCAGACCUCCGGAGGAGGAGGAGGAAGUGGCAACCCUGUUGGUGGUGGGCCCGGCGCGAGCUGCCCUUCCUCCUCCUCCUCCUCGUCCUCGCGGCGGCGCCUGCUGGUUCUGCCUUGCUUGCACGCCUUCUGCCGGCAGUGCCUCGAGGCCCAGCGCCAGCCCCCGCCCUCCUCCUCCUCUUCCUCGGGGGACGCCCCUCUCCAGCUGCGGUGCCCCCUCUGCGACCAGAAGGUGGUGAUCUCGGAGCCGUCGGGCAUGGACGCCCUGCCCUCGUCCAACUUCCUCCUCAGCAACCUGCUCGACGUCGUGGUCGCCGCCGCCAACAACGCCAACAACGCCAGCGAGGAGCAGAACAACGGCAGGCCCAGCGGACCCGGGGGAGGGCCCGGAGAGGGGCCCGGAGGAGGAGGAGGAGGAGGGGGGAGCAGCACCAACAACAGCAGCAGCAGCGCCAACAACAACCGGCACCACCAACACGCCCGGCAACAGCAGCAGCAGCGCCCGCCUUCUUCCUCCUCCUCCUCCGCCAGCGCGGGGGCUUCAUCGCCGGGCUCGUCGUCGCUGCUGCUGCUCCGGAGGCCGCACAGCCGGCAAGGCGGGGAUCCCCGGUGCAGCUCCUGCGACGAAGGCAACGCCGCCAGCGCCCGCUGCCUCGACUGCCAGGAGCACCUCUGCGACAACUGCGUGCGCGCCCACCAGCGCGUCCGCCUCACCAAGGACCACUUCAUCGAGCGCUUCGGGCCCGGCGCCGCCCCGCAGAGCCAGAGCCUCGUCGCCGCCGCCGCCGCCUCCUCGUCCUCCUCUUCCGUGGGGCCCGCCUCGGCCCUCGGCUCGCCCUACAGCAUCCUCGCCGCCGCCUUCCCGGACCGGGCCAGCUACUGCCAGCAGCACGACGACGAGGUAUUGCAUUUUUAUUGUGACACGUGUUCUGUCCCCAUCUGCCGGGAAUGUACCAUGGAACGGCAUGUGGGUCACAGCUUUAUCUACCUCCAAGAUGCUUUGCAGGACUCUCGAACGCUAACCAUUCAACUACUAGCCGAUGCUCAACAGGGACGUCAAGCCAUUCAGCUGAGUAUUGAGCAGGCCCAAGCUGUAGCAGAACAAGUUGAGAUGAAGGCCAAGAUGGUACAAUCUGAAGUGAAGGCAGUGACAUCUAGACACAAGAAGGCCUUAGAAGAAAGAGAAUGUGAACUGCUGUGGAAGGUGGAAAAAAUCCGCCAAGUGAAAGCGAAGUCACUCUACCUUCAGGUGGAAAAGCUGCGUCAAAACCUGAACAAGCUAGACAACACCAUCAGUGCCGUCCAACAAGUCCUAGAGGAGGGUCGGAACAUGGAUAUCCUCUUGGCUCGGGACCGGAUGCUUGCUCAGGUUCAGGAGCUGAAGAAUGUCAGAGGCUUCCUGCAGCCUCAAGAGGAUGACAGGGUCAUGUUCACGCCUCCCGAUCAGGCUUUGUAUAUGGCCAUCAAGUCCAUGGGGUUUGUCAGCAGUGGGGCCUUUGCUCCUCUGACCAAAGCCACUGGGGAAGGUCUCAAACGUGCACUUCAAGGCAAAGUAGCCUCUUUCACAGUGAUUGGCUAUGACCACGAUGGGGAGCUGCGCCGUUCUGGGGGAGACAUGAUCUCUGCUGUCAUCAUGGGGCCAGAUGGGAAUCUCUUUGGGGCAGAUAUUGGUGACCAGCAGAAUGGAACCUAUAUUGUCAAUUACAGGCCACAAAUGGAAGGGGAGCACCUCAUUUCAAUCAUGAUGUGCAACCAGCAUAUAGAAAACAGCCCGUUCAAAGUCACUGUCAAAUCAGGGCGCAGCUAUGUUGGUAUUGGACUGCCAGGGCUCUGUUUUGCUAGUGAGGGAGAUGGUGAUGGGAAGUUGUGCCGCCCCUGGGGUGUGAGUGUAGAUAAAGAAGGCUAUAUCAUUGUUGCUGAUCGAAGCAAUAACCGCAUCCAGGUCUUUAAGCCUUGUGGGGCUUUCCACCAUAAGUUUGGCACCUUGGGCUCCAGGCCCGGCCAGUUUGAUAGGCCUGCUGGUGUUGCCUCAGACUCAUCAAGAAGGAUCAUAGUGGCAGACAAGGACAAUCAUCGCAUCCAGAUCUUCACGUUCGAUGGCCAGUUCAUUCUGAAAUUUGGGGAGAAAGGAACCAAGAACGGGCAGUUCAAUUACCCAUGGGAUGUAGCAGUAAACUCUGAGGGAAAAAUCCUGGUGUCCGACACAAGGAAUCAUCGGGUUCAGCUUUUUGGUCCUGACGGAGUGUUCCUGAAUAAGUAUGGCUUUGAAGGAGCACUCUGGAAGCACUUUGAUUCCCCGAGAGGUGUGACGUUCAAUCACGAAGGCCAUCUAGUUGUGACAGAUUUCAACAAUCAUCGUCUCUUGGUCAUACAUCCAGACUGUCAGUCAGCCCGCUUCCUAGGGUCUGAAGGCACGAGCAACGGGCAGUUUUUGCGCCCACAAGGUGUGGCAGUUGAUCAGGAAGGCCGUAUCAUUGUGGCAGAUUCCAGGAACCAUCGUGUGCAGAUAUUUGAGCCGAAUGGUAGUUUUUUAUGCAAAUUUGGCACUCAGGGAAGUGGCUUUGGUCAGAUGGACCGUCCUUCAGGUAUUACAGUCACCCCAGACGGCAUGGUUGUUGUGGUUGACUUUGGAAACAAUCGAAUUCUCGUUUUCUAAUCUGUGUUUAUCUGUACUCCAAAAAGUCUGUCUCAGGGAAAAAUCCUUUUAAGAGAACACACACAAACACAUACACAAAAUAUUACAAUGUUAGUUCAAACCUACCUCAUCUUUAAUUUUUUAUAGAUGAAUGUACUUUCCCUUUUUAUCUGCAGGGAGUGGACCUGUGGUGUUGUUAUGAACUCUUAUCUACCUCAUUAUCUUUGUGUUCUUUUACCUCCACAGUAUACACGGUGCAGUUGAAAAUUAAGCCUCUUUUCCCUGGAUGGGACAUUAAUGCAAAAACAUGUUUCUGUGCACAUUUAGCUGGUUUAUAUGAUAAAUUCUGUAGGUUCUGCCAAGAAGGCACACUCUCAUCUUUGAAAGAAAAAAAUAGUAGUGUUAGGUAUUUUUAAUGCUCUUGUGUUCUGUUCAUAUUGUGGGUUGGGUUUUUUUGUUUUUUGGAGGGGGGAGUAAAGGAGAUUGUGUGUUUUAGGUGCUGCUGCAGCAGAGAACUCUUUCCUUGUUCUCCUUUUUUAAAUACCUCAGUGCAUUUGACAUACUGUUCGACAUAGUGUCUUGUUAGCAGAAGGCUUUGGUCUUUUGAAGUGGGGUGGGAUUCACUGGGGUGGUGGGGCGCGGGGGUUUAGGUUCUUGUUUAAUUUUAUUUGUUUGCAUGUAUAUUUUGAAAAGAGAAAUGCAGUAACUCCACAAGACGAAGGCAACCAUUUAAGAAUGCACAAAA